AUGCCGAGGGUUGCUGGCGUCGGGUGUGUUUUUGGCGAAAUGGGGAGCGACCGUUACCGCUGGCUUGACGACGGGCUGCGCGACGCCAAAUUGGCGUCGUGGCCUGUCCCCGUGCUCGGGCCGGGCACGGGACCAAGUCACGGACAGGUUGAGUGUCGACGAGACAGACGACUGGGCGCAGUAAAUCACACCCACCGGCCGCAGGAACCAACUCUGCUGACCUCCUCCUCCUUCGCCUCUUCGCUGCUCGUCUCCUCUGGCCGACGAGUCGAGCCGCGCCCGACCGGACCGGACCGGACCGGCUCCGAUCCCUGGCCGGUGGACACCGCCGGAAAACACACCCACGUGUGUCUUCCCGCUUCUGCCCGGCACACACCAGAUUAUCACCGACUCGUCCCACCGAGCAGGUCGAAAGGGGGCUACAAUAAAAGUUAUACAGACGCGUAUUGCAGACACGUCCCUUUGGUCAUUCGACUAGUGGGGUGGGCACAUACACUCUCGGUACCGAGUUGCCAGAUCUGA